CUGUGGUGUAGCUGUCCCUUUGAUGAAUUAUUUCACAUUUUCACCCAUACCCUCUCUCUCUAUCCGUCAUAAAGAAACCCUCUCAGCUCCUGAAUCCCUAGAAGGCAUCCUCAUUUUCCUCAGGUGAGAUGAAGCAGAAAGAAGCAUACUAUUACUCCUCCACUACUCUCACACUCUUGCUAGCCACACUCUACUUGGCAGCGUGUGCCUCAGCGCAAGGCAAUGUUGGGCAACGCCAGCUUCUCUACUACAGAGACGAGUUCGGCGACAGGGAAGAGAAUGUGACGCUAGACCCUUCCCUAGCCUUCGAAAACGACCCUCUCAGAAACGCUUACAUAGCCUUGCAGGCUUGGAAGCAAGCCAUUUUGUCCGAUCCCCACAACCAGACAACCGACUGGGUUGGAUCCGAUGUUUGCAGCUACACCGGAGUUUACUGUGCUCCCUCGCUCGACAACCCAAAGAUCCGCACCGUAGCCGGCAUUGAUCUCAACCACGGCAACAUUGCCGGUUACUUACCCGAAGAGCUUGGCUUGCUCGUCGAUCUCGCACUCUUCCAUGUAAACUCCAACAGGUUCUGCGGCACUGUGCCGCACAAGUUUGAGAGGCUCAAACUUCUCUACGAGUUGGAUCUCAGUAACAACCGCUUCGCAGGGAAGUUCCCUGAGGUGGUGCUGCGGCUUCCCUCGCUCAAAUUCUUGGAUCUCAGGUUCAAUGAGUUCGAAGGGACGGUGCCCAGGGACUUGUUCGAUAAGGACCUCGACGCCAUUUUCAUAAACGACAACCGUUUCGUCUUUGACCUUCCCGACAACUUCGGAAACUCGCCCGUCUCCGUCAUCGUGCUCGCUAACAACCAUUUCCACGGCUGCAUUCCGCCCAGCCUGGGCAACAUGUCGAACCUCAACGAGAUUAUCUUGAUGAACAAUGCCUUCAGAUCCUGCUUGCCCUCGGAGAUUGGGCGUUUGAAGAACUUAACGGUGUUCGACGUGAGCAUCAACCAGCUGCUGGGUCCGUUGCCGGACGCCGUCGGAAACGCCGUCAGCCUGGAGCAGCUGAAUGUGGCGCACAACUUGCUAUCGGGUAAAAUUCCGGCUAGUAUUUGCAUGUUGCCAAAUCUUCAGAACUUUACCUAUUCUUUUAACUUCUUCACCGGCGAGCCUCCGGCGUGCCUCGCCUUGCCGGCGUUUGAUGAUCAGAGAAACUGCUUGCCGGCCAGGCCUCUUCAGAGGCCUCCGGCGCAAUGUAAGUCGUUCUUGUCUAAGCCUGUGGACUGUAACUCCUUUAAGUGUAAACCAUUUGUUCCUUCACCUUCAACACCUUCACCAUCACCAUUUCCUUCACCUCCAUCUCCUGUAACACCUUCACCAUUUCCUUCACCUACAACACCUUCACCUCCAUCACCUACGACACCUUCUCCAAUUCAUACACCUCCAUCCCCUUCAACACCUUCACCUACGACACCUUCACCAUUGCCUUCCCCAACAACACCUUCUCCAAUUCAUACACCUCCAUCCCCUUCAACACCUUCACCAUUUCCUUCACCAACAACACCUUCUCCAAUUCAUACACCUCCAUCCCCUUCAACACCUUCACCUACGACACCUUCACCAUUGCCUUCCCCAACAACACCUUCUCCAAUUCAUACACCUCCAUCCCCUUCAACACCUUCACCUACGACACCUUCACCAUUGCCUUCCCCAACAACACCUUCUCCAAUUCAUACACCUCCAUCCCCUUCAACACCUUCACCUACGACACCUUCACCAUUGCCUUCCCCAACAACACCUUCUCCAAUUCAUACACCUCCAUCCCCUUCAACACCUUCACCUACGACACCUUCACCAUUGCCUUCCCCAACAACACCUUCUCCAAUUCAUACACCUCCAUCCCCUUCAACACCUUCACCAUUUCCUUCACCAACAACACCUUCGCCAAUUCAUACACCUCCAUCACCUACGACACCUUCACCGCUACCUUCACCUCCAUCACCUAUAACACCACCAAUUCAUACACCUCCAUCACCCGUAACACCUUCACCAAUUCACACACCUCCAUCACCUUCAACACCUUCACCACUACCUUCUCCUCCGUCACCUGGAACACCUUCACCUCCAUCACCAGGGACACCUUCACCUCCAUCACCGGCGACACAUCCUUGGCCACCACAUUCUUCCCCUGCACCACCUUCUCCGGAGCAACCCUCACCCACUCCAACGCCACCCUACUGUGACCAGUCUCCGCCGCCACCUCCGCCUGCUCCAACAUUCUUCCCUCCACCACACCCAAAAUCACAUCCACCACCUGUUUAUCCUCAUUUAUCACCACCACCACCACACCCAUCUCACACUCCUUCCCCUUCACCACCUCCACCGGUUCAAUACACUUACCCUUCGCCGCCGCCACCUUCACCGGUUUACCAAUCUCCGCCGCCGACAACGCCGCCUCCAUGCGAAACUCCACCGGAAGCUUCUCCGCCGCCACCGGUUGUAUACAACCCUCCUCCUGCCCCUGUAUAUGAAGGGCCGUUGCCACCUAUCAUCGGAGUCCCAUACGCAUCGCCUCCGCCACCACCCUUUUAUUAGUUCUUUUGAGGAUUUUUCCUUCCACGACCAAACAAGUACCACGCUUCAUUAUUGCGGCCCUUUAUCCUCCAAUGUUAUGCGACUCUCGUCGCUUAUGAAGAAAACUGAUUACAACGACAAGACUUUGCGAAGCAGCUUUUGUUCUGUGUUUAAUAGUCAAAAGAAACAGAGAAGAGGUUGCAGCAAAGGGGGGGUAAGAUAAGAGGAGAAACUAUCUCUCCAUAUUGAUUUGAAUAUCGCAGUUGCGAAAUAAUAAUGGCAGAGAAAUGUAUGUAUAGGAUGAAUUGGAGAGCUUUAAGUUAUGCCUGCAAUGACAGUAGCGGUUGCACUUUCUGCUGCCGCUGCAACUUAUUUUUAUUGUUAUCGUCUCUCUUUAUAUCAUACUUUUAUAUAUUUUUUUUUAUAAAUUUUGUUUCUUUCGCUUGUCAAUUUGUUAGUACAAUUUAUCAACAUUCCACUUAAACCGUGAUAAUUCCUUUCUCUUA